AAAGACGACAAAGAAAGAAGGAGAGAAAAAAAGAGGGGGAAUAAACUGAAGAUAACCGCUCCAACGAUCAAAUGGAGGAUUGUCAACAGCAUCUCUUCCUUCUGUUCCUUCUCUCUCUCUCUCUCUCUCAGCAGAGGUUUUGAGUUUUGACGUCCGAUAAGCAGAGAACUUCAACUCAAACCUCUGCUUCCUUCCUUCCUUCAAUUUCUGCCUAUCUGUCGUCUCUGCUCUCAUACCGUUGCUAUGGCUUCCAUUUCCAGAUCUCGACGACUUCCCGAGCCUCGAUCCGGCGGCAAAAUUGUCCGGCCCCGCCGAGCCGCUUCUGCCAAGACUCCUUACGACCGACCUGCUCCCUCCAAUUCCACCUCUCGGAGCCCCAGUUGGCUCUCUCGUUUUGUUUUCUCCCCCACUCGUUCCAUUGCUUCUGGUGCUGGCAAACUAUUAUCCACGGUUUUCGAUUUAGAAUCUUCGCCAACGUCCUCGUCCUCGUCCUCUUCUUCCUCGUCUUCUGCUAACGAUUCCACUGCUGAGGAGGAAAUUGGUAAUGCUAACGACGACAAUGGUAUAUCCUUUAAAGGCGAUGAUACCUUGAAUAAGAAGUGGGGGACAUUAGAAGUGAUCAAUGCCUCUGGGAAGGAUCUCCAACCAGUAGUUCAGGAUAACAAAAACAAGCAUGUCAUUGAGCAGCUAAUUAUGUGCGAGACAUUCUCAAGGGAAGAAUGUGAUCGAUUUAUAAGAAUAAUUAGAUCAAGAGUGGUGGAUACUUCUGCCAAUGAAGAACGGAAUCAGAGGCCAAGUGAUAUGCUCAUUAGGACUCUUGCAAAUGAUUCACCUGAUCUCAGCAGUGCAGCUGUUAUGGAGGCAAAGAAAUGGUUAAAGGAGCAGAAGUCCAGAUUAGAUUCAAAUUCAGAUUUAGGUUAUGGAAGUCACAAUUUAAAUAUGGCUACGUUGCCACAAGCUCUUAAAGAUGAAGGGUCGCCUGUUGAUGUGGCUAAGUCAUAUAUGCGCUCACGCCCCCCUUGGUCAUCUCCUUCUGUAGACCAUAGCAAGCCUUUGACACCAAUUGGAAUUCAACUCUUAAAAGAAGACACGCCAUAUCCAGUUAGUGGCUAUUCUGCAUCAUCCACCAAGUUGAAAAGGGAUUCUCCAGCUACGGGGUCAUGGAGUAUUCAGGAUGAAAUACGAAGAGUACGUUCCAGGGCAACUGAGCAGAUGCUUAGUUCACUUCCCUCCUCAAAGAUUGAUUGGUCUGCAUUUGCUGUGGAAUGUAAAAAUAACGUGAAUCCUUCAGCUACUGAAAAUAUUGAAUCUGCUGUGGGAGAGAAAGUGCCUAAUUUUACCAAUUCAGUAUCAUCUUUGAACCUGGUCAAUGAAUUUAAUACUCAUGAAGCUUCAGAUCUGGAGAGGAAACAGGGUGAUGUUCAACUUGAAAGUGCCCGUUCUGAUUCAGCUAACAUUAAUUCAGAACAAAAUCAGGGCUCUCAAACCAAUGUUUGGCAAACUGAAGGUUCACAUGAUGACUGCAGAGAGAGAACAAUUUCAGAGCAUAAACUAAGGUCGGCAGAUGAUGUGAUAACAAACGGUGUUGGUGGCAUGGUUAAAGUAAAUGGCGUCAGUGAUAUGAAUGGGGCGAACUAUGAGAUAGAUUCAACGAAAGAAACCAGAGAAGCUUCAGAGUCUGUAUUGCAUGACGGAAGCUGUUCAGUGCUUAAAGAGAAGGUAGGAGCAGAUGUGUCAGCAAAUGGCUUCCCCUCCUCAGGACCCAGUAAUGCAGGGCCGGGUACUGAACAAAAUGAUAAAACGUUGGAUAACAAACACGAUACAGUUGGUUUAGGUGAUGAAAGGAUAUCUAAGGGUGCAGCUGAACAAGAGACUUGUGAACCAAGGAGUGGUACUUGCACGGAGGUUCCUGAUGUGACUGUAAACAACAACAUUGCGACCAAUGAAGAUGACGGUGUUGCCACUGGCUCGCAGAACAGUUCAAGUGUCCAAAAUGAGUUUGAGCAGGAACAUUCUGAGGUAGCUCCAGAACCAGACUUGGCAGUGUCCACGAGGAGCAUUGCUGAUAAGCAAAAGGGUAAAAGAAUUAGCAAAUAUAACCGAAGAGGCAGAAGCAGAGGCAGGGCUGCCAAGUGAGGUGGGGGUUGUAUAACGUGUGCCAAAUCCUUUGUAACUUACUGUUAGCUUAGAAUGUAGGGAUUGUGUGUUGUGCAUCCGCAGAUCAACUUCUUGUGAAAUCAACGUUUAGGAGUCCACAUCUACUUGGGCUGCGUGUGCUGGCCCCUUCCGUUCUGUUCUGCUCGGUGAUUAUUGCCCACAAUUUAGGUUCCAGGAAAUUGGAUAUUUGUACGCAUUUGCUGUGAAAAUUGGUUAAAUGCAUCAAAGUGGGAUUUUGUUCGUUUUCAGAAAUUAAACAGGAUAACUGGUUCUAAUUAUGCACUUUGUGGCUCUUUGAAUGA